AAAGUAAGUUCCAUAUUGUUCCCCUGAAUUAAGAUGUGGAAACUUUGCUUGUGGAUCGAAUGGCUUUUCUUGACUUCACUGCUGACAAUCACAUCCAGGACACAUGCUCAAGUACUUAGGCAGACGAGAGUACCAUACAUAAAAGAUAAACCGUUUAUUUCCUUUUGGAAUGCACCUACAGCGCAGUGUAAACUGAGAUACAAAGUUGAUCUGGACCUCAGUGUUUUUGACAUUGUUGCAAACACCAAUGAAACUUUGAGUGGUUCUAAUGUCACAAUAUUCUAUCACACUCACCUUGGGUAUUACCCGUACAUCACCGAUGAUGGACACUCUUUUAAUGGUGGUGUGCCACAAAAUGAGAGCCUCAAAAGGCACCUGAAGAAAGCUGAGCUUGAUAUUGAAAAACUCAUACCAUGCAAAAAAUUUACUGGUCUAGGGGUAAUCGACUGGGAGAACUGGAGACCUCAAUGGGAUAGAAACUGGGGAAAUAAAACAAUCUACAGAAAUAAAUCCAUCGAACUCGUCAAGGCUCAACAUCCUGAUUGGUCUGAUGCCAAGCUCAGUCAAGUAGCCAAAAAGGAAUUUGACCAAGCUGCGGAUAAUUUUAUGACCGAGACGAUUAUUAAAGCACAGAAUGUGAGGCCCCAUGGACUCUGGGGAUACUAUCUAUUUCCUGAUUGUUACAACUAUGACUACAAAACGCAUCCUCAUGCAUUCACAGGCAAAUGUCCAGAUAUUGAACUGAAACGUAAUGAUAUGCUGUUGUGGAUGUGGAAGAGUGUCAAUGCCCUGUACCCUUCUAUAUAUCUUGACUAUGUUUUGAAAUCAAGCCCAAAUGCCCUUAAAUUUGUUCACCAUCGUGUAAAAGAGGCAAUGAGAGUGGCUUCAAUGGCAAGAAAAGACUACGAUUUGCCAGUUUUUGUGUACUCCAGGCCUUUUUACGCAUACACUUUCCAUGUUUUGACAGAGGUUGACCUAGUUAAAACAAUCGGGGAGAGUGCUGCGUUAGGGGCAGCAGGAAUCGUGCUGUGGGGAGGGAUGGAUUACGCCAGUACGAAGGAAAGCUGUAAUACUGUAAAGAAAUACGUGGAUGGACCCCUGGGCCACUACAUUGUUAAUGUGACUUCAGCAGCCAAACUUUGUAGUAAAGUUUUAUGCAAAAUGAAUGGGAGGUGUAUCAGGAAGCACGUUCAUUCAACGUCCUACUUACAUUUAAACCCUAAUAACUACGAGAUCAAGAAACGUUCCCCAGGCUGGGGACAUUCUGUGACGGGGAGCCUGGGAGAGGAAGACAUUUUGUACAUGAAGCAGAAGUUUGUGUGUCAGUGUUAUGAAGGCUGGAUUGGAAUAUCCUGCGAACUCCCAAAAUCCGGAAAACUAAAUUGGAAAAGAAAUGAUUUUACAAAUGGGUCAGGAAAGAUAGCUGCCUUGAAUAUUGUGUUCUACGCAGUAUUUCAAAUUUGUAUUUUAUUACAAAUCAAUGCUUGA